AGCCCUGCCCGACUCCGCUUUCCCCCUCGCCUUGGCCGGCGCCCAGGCCCCGCCGGCUGCCUUUCCCCGCGACGGCGGAGGCGGCAUGAAGCUGACGGACAACGUGCUGCGGAGCUUCCGCGUGGCCAAGGUGUUCCGCGAGAACUCGGACAAGAUCAACUGCUUCGAUUUCAGCCCUAAUGGCGAGACCGUCAUCUCCAGCAGCGACGACGACUCCAUCGUCCUCUACGACUGCCAGGAGGGAAAGCCCAAGAGAACACUUUAUAGUAAAAAAUAUGGAGUUGAUCUCAUCAGAUAUACUCAUGCGGCCAACACGGUUGUGUACAGUUCCAAUAAAAUAGAUGAUACUAUCAGAUACCUUUCUCUUCAUGACAAUAAAUACAUUAGAUACUUUCCAGGACAUAGCAAGAGAGUUGUUGCUUUAUCAAUGUCUCCAGUAGAUGAUACCUUUAUAUCUGGAUCACUUGAUAAGACUAUCAGACUUUGGGAUCUUCGGUCACCAAAUUGCCAGGGUUUGAUGCAUCCACAAGGAAAACCUGUAUGCUCAUUUGAUCCAGAGGGGCUGAUUUUUGCAGCUGGGGUCAAUUCCGAAAUGGUGAAACUUUAUGAUCUUCGGUCCUUUGAUAAGGGUCCAUUUGCUACCUUUAAGAUGCAAUAUGAUCGAACCUGUGAGUGGACUGGCCUGAAGUUCAGCAAUGAUGGAAAACUUGUUCUUAUUUCAACUAAUGGAGGGAUCAUACGACUCAUUGAUGCCUUUAAAGGAGCAGUUCUUCAUACAUUUACAGGAUAUAAUAAUAGCAAAGCUGUCACACUGGAAGCUUCAUUCACCCCAGAUUCUCAGUUUAUAAUGAUUGGAUCAGAGGAUGGGAAGAUUCAUGUCUGGAAUGGAGAGACUGGAAUGAAGGUAGCAGUGCUUGAUGGGAAACACACAGGGCCCAUUACCUGUUUGCAAUUCAACCCCAAGUUUAUGACAUUUGCCAGUGCGUGCUCCAAUAUGGCCUUUUGGUUGCCAACUAUAGAUGACUAGUCUGAAGUAAUCACUUCCAAUGGACAGUUUCCAUACUGUAUUGAAAGCAAUGCAGUAUUUAUAAAGACAACGGUGAAAGUAUUGGAAUUGUGUCACUUGGAGAUGAAUAUUCCCACCCAGUACAUUCUGCAUAUGUCUCCUUUUGUCAAGCUCUUUGCUGCAUCUCCUACAAAGGAUUUCUUCAUGUGGCUAUACAGGUUCCUGUUCUGAAAAUCUGAAUAUUUCUUCCAACAUCAAAUUGAAGCAGAACUAUUACAGCUGAAAUCAACUAGCAGCUUUGCUUUGGAGUACAUUUGGAAAGAAUUUUGCCAGUCCUUUGUCUUUGUGGCUGACUUGUAAACUCCCAGGAUUUUGGACUUUGUUAAAAGUACAAUUUCUAACAUAUUCUGUCCUGUUUGAAAUAUCAGCAGUAUCCAUGCUGUGUACUCUUGUGCUGUAUAAAGAUACCUUUGUGCCAUACAUACACACACACAUACAUGUAUAUAUAGAGAGACAGAGAGAUCAAUAUCAGUUGCUACAGGAACAUUGUUAAAGAUGUUUAUCCUUAAGUGCUCCAACAGGUUCUGAAUCGUUAGGAAACUAUUCUGAUUCUCUUUGCUAUGGGCAGCUUCUGAAAUGAACAGAUACUUGGUGUGUUUGGGUAGAAUGCCGAGCAAUACAGAAAUCUCAGUUGGGCUGGACGGAAAUGCACUUCCUGUAUCUCUUCCUUCAGUGUAUCUUUGCAGAUUUUAUAAAUACAGGGAAGGGGAGAAUGUGGAAGGGUCACUAUUGUUUUUUACUAUCAGGUAUUAAAAAAAUAGUAAAUAUUGGACCAACACAGUAUUCUGGAAUGAGCGUUAGUGUACUUGUCGUUCUCAGAGCAUUCCAAGUUUCUAUUCUUCCAAGUAUAAAACGUCAUUCCACUGUUCACAAUGCAAGUAGUGCAGCUUCUCCCUCUGCCUACACAGGAGAUCUCCAUUCAUUAAGCACUGGGAUAUUCGGCACGUGGAAGUCGGCCUUUUUCAUUAGCGGGUUGGAUGAAAUUGUAUAAUUACCAGCUGAUCUCGUUUUUAUUUCUGCUGUCACUGCAGUAGCAUGAAGGGCCCUGCUUUAACUUUGUCUAAGCAUCCUUUCCAAGAGAGCAGACAAAUUCAUGUUCUUUUAACUUCCUAAGAUUUUAAUUUUAUAAUAUUGAUGCUGCAUUUCCUAUGUCAACGGUGUUGCCUCCGCUACCAUAAUCUGUCAGGACUUGAUAACAAUCUGAACGUUUAAAAAUGCAUUUCAAAGAAGCAUAAUUUCAAUGCUUCAUUGCUCUAGUUUUCUUAAUAUUAAAAUGCUGCUGUAUUUCCAUCCAUCAGAACAUUUGGAUAAUAUCAGCACUCUUCUUUACUACACUUGGUUUUGCUUGGAAGUGUUCAAAUUCUAUGGAGAUGUUUGCAUUACUGGUAUUGAACUACCACCUCCAUGGAGUUGUGAUGCAUAAGUCAGCCUGAGCAAUAUAAUAAGGGAAGUUUGUUUUGGUGAAUAAAAGAAGGGGAGGGGAAAUCUCCUAGCUGACAUUAAGCUGACUGUUGGAUUCGUAUUUAAACUGGGUUUUGUGUUUAUAUCCCACAGUACGUUCCUGAGUCAGCUAACAUCUAAUAAUAUAGAUAACUCGAGCUUAGGGAAUUACUGUAGAUACAUCAAUGUUCUACCUCUUGGCUUGUUAUUUGUGAAAGAUUUUGCAGGCCAGUGAGUGGCAAAUUUGGGACACAGGGCAGGAUUGUUGUUCACAGUGCCCUUUGUGACAAUUCAUUGCACAAUACACUAUAUGUUCUUUUUUAUGGCCAGUUCAUCUAGUAAAAUAUAAAUACCAUUUAAUCGUCUUUAGACCUGUUCGUAAUUUUAGCAUCAUUUUUUCAGUGACAAAAAUCAAUAGAAACAUCUUUUUAAAUCUUGAAUACACUGCCCUUGACCUAGAACUGCUUUUCAUUAAAAUUAAAUUGAGUAAAAGUUAAUUUUUUUACUGGGAGUUGAUUGUGGGAUCAUUUUUUUUUCCUUUAGAAAUGUUAUCAUUUGCAAUGUAUUCUGAUUUCUUACAUUAUGCAUUUUAAUAACAUACUGCUUUUUUACAUCUGUAUUUGCAGCUUGAAUAUUUUUUAUAAAUAUUUCCAGUCAAGAAUAAAUUACAGUAUUAGGUAUAAGAU